ACCCCCAACAUAUCGCCGGUCGGUAUCAGUGAUUUGCAGACCGAGCCGGCGGCACAGUUUCAUCUCACAGCAACUUUUUUGGAAUAUAGGACGCGUUUUUUCAGUCGGCUCUUUCCACAUGUUUCCGUUUGGAUUCAUCUGACCUUUCUCCCACCGAAUAAGGUCUUGACGUUUCUUUGGUGGACUCGAGGAGGCGGUGGGCAGCUGGUCCCCGAUAGGUUUUUCCAAAAAAAUUGUUUCGACAGGAUCAGCGCGAAUGGGACUUAUAAGACUUCAGAAAGGGCCUGGCUGGAAAAGGGAGUGAGUAUGGACAACCUUUCGGACUUCGGUGGCCCCUGUCCAUCCACCUGCAGGGAUUGGGACACCAACAGCUGCGUGGAUGACUUAAUGGAUGAAGAUGAGAAAGACAGGGCAAAAAGGGCAUCUCGUAACAAAUCGGAAAAGAAGAGAAGAGACCAAUUCAAUGUGCUCAUCAAGGAGCUAUGCACCAUGCUGCAGGGUCAGGGCCAUCCUCGCAAGAUGGACAAAUCCACCAUUCUGCAGAGAACUAUUGACUUCUUGCAGAAACAGAAAGACAUUACUGCACAGAACGAUACCUGUGAUGUGAGACAGGACUGGAAGCCUUCGUUCCUCAGUAAUGAGGAGUUCACUCAAUUAAUGCUGGAGGCCUUAGAUGGUUUCUUGAUAGCAUUAACUACAGAUGGCAACAUCAUCUACGUUUCUGACAGUGUGUCAUCACUUAUCGGCCAUUUACCAUCAGAUAUGGUGGACCAAAAUAUCUUGAAUUUCCUGCCAGAGCGAGAACACGGCGAGGUGUAUAAGCUGCUAUCAUCCCAUAUGCUGAUGACUGACCCCAUUGCUGCUGACUUCUUGGACAGUGAGUCACGUAUUGAAUUUUGCUGUCAUCUCGCCAGAGGUAACAUUGACCCAAAGGAGCCGCCUGUAUAUGAAUAUGUCAAGUUUGUUGGAGAUUUCAAGUUUCAUAACAAUGUGCCUACAUCUUCUUGUAACGGGCUUGAACUGACGUUACCAAGAAGCCUGCAGUCGUCGUUGGAGGAGCAGGUCUGCCUCAUCGCUACUGUACGAUUAGUCACUCCACAGUUUCUAAAGGAUUUGUGUUAUGUGGAAGAUCCUUGCGAUGAAUUCACAUCUAGACACAGCCUUGAAUGGAAGUUCCUGUUUUUAGAUCACAGAGCUUCACCAAUCAUAGGCUAUUUACCCUUUGAGGUUCUUGGAACGUCGGGCUAUGACUACUAUCAUGUGGAUGACUUGGAGCUCAUAGCUCAGUGUCACAAGCAAUUAAUGCAGUUUGGAAAGGGUAAAUCCUGCUACUAUCGCUUCCUGACAAAAGGUCAGCAGUGGAUUUGGUUGCAGACUCACUACUACAUAACUUACCACCAGUGGAAUUCAAAACCUGAGUUCAUUGUCUGCACGCACACUGUUGUCAGUUAUGCGGAGGUGAGAGCGGAAAGACGGAGAGCGUUUGGCUUAGAAGAGCUGUCGCCACCGGAGAUCGCUCCGUCUUCAGUGAAGGCUCAGGAGCUGUACUUGGACAUCUGCUCCACACUGGACCCUCCGCGGGAAAGAAACUGCCGCGCACGUUCAGUAUCCUCCCACAGCUCCCGGAAGUCCUCCCACACAGCGCUGUCCGACUCAGCAUCAGCUAACUCCUACACAGAGGCCUGCACACCUUCAUGGCAGUCUGCCUCCAUGGGGACAGAGAAGACAUCUGCCAGACUCCAGCCUAGUAGUUCAAAGAAUUUGGCACAAAGACAAAAUUCCUUUGACCUCGUUCCCCAAAUGAGCCUCCCCCUUUCUCCUACCUGCAGUAAGCACUCCGCAAUGCAACAGCAAACACAGCAGCAGCAGCAGCAGCAGCAGCAGCAGCAGCCGCCGCCAUCGGCGUCCAUGUAUCAGCUGCAGCAGCCUCAGCUCAAUGUCAUGAACCAGUUGAAGGAGCAGCUGGAGGAGAGGACGCGCAUUCUGCAAGCUGACAUUAAGACGCAGCAACAGGAGCUCCACGACAUUAAGGAGAAGCUUCACCUCGCUAAUCUCCAGAUGUUGUUACAGCAGCCAGUCCACAAUGACUUUGGUCAAGCCCAGCAGCAGCCCCAGCAGCAGCCCCAGCAGCAGGGCUCAGGCAGACCAGCCCAGCAGAGCCAGUCGGGGGUGAUCAGGCAGCACUCGGGUCACCCUAAACCAGCGUCCUGCAGGCCUCACAGUUCGUCCCCUCACUCACUCAUGAGCGAGAGCAGCUCGCCCUCCACACAGGUCCAGCAGAGGAUUUCCCGAGUGCAGUCACAGUCAGUUAGCAUGCCUGUUCAGACGAACACGAGUAUAACGAUGCCAUUCUACAGCAACCCCAUGAUGUUCUCUCAGACCAACACUAGGUCUCUGCAGGACGCCAACCAAAGACACACUGACAGUGAGUUCAACCAAGAUGGACAACUACGCAUGCUCCUCAACCAGCCGAUGCAGACGCUGGUUCCCACAAGCAGUGUCACCACGCAGCCUUCCCAGUGCAACAUGGGCCUCUCGCAAACCAUAUACACCCUGGAGCAACAGAUCAUCGCCCCGUCAUUCUCCAUGCAACAGGUCAACUGCAAUGCUGUCCUCGUACCCUCCCCGGUCUUUACGUCACCCAUAAUGAUCCCUCACAACAGCUUCAUCUCAAACCAGUCCCAGUCCACCUACCAGACUCAGCCUCAGGCCUCCCAGCACUCCCUGCAGCUACAGCAGCCCCAGCAGUUCUUUCAGAUGACUCAAGGACUUGUUCAUGGUGGAUCUACUCCAGCGUUUCUACACACUGCUAAUGUUCCACAUCAAAGCACUGUGGGAUACAUCCAGCAACAGCCGCAAACACAGCAAGUGCCUCAGGCACAACAGCAACAAAGGCAAUACCAACAUUCCCAAAACCAGACUGGCAGUGUUUCAGACUUCAGAAAUAUGCUGACUCGGUAGCGCUGAGGACCGCUUGAGAGCAUGGAGAUCUCCUUCUGUGUUGCCGCCGUGUAGUCCGCGGCACGUUGAGGCAUUUGGAAUCUAACUUGAUGUCAAGUUCAGCAGUGGCAAUGCUCACAUGAGGGAAUUGGCUUCUAGUGACCUCACUUUAAAUGUGAAGCUGCCUGUUCGGAAUAGGCCAAAGGCUGUGGCCAGAGUGAAAACCUCGAGCAGAGGCUGCACAGGCCUGAAGUCUCCUGCAGGACCCCGAGGAGACUCUGAGGUACUGGACCUUCAUCCUCCGGUCCACAUCAAGCUCAGACGGAGUAGCUGCUGGAACAAGUGGAUUAUCAAAGCUCUCAAGAAGACGCACUUUUCACCAAACAGAGAGAUUCUAAGUGUCUGUUUGCACUUUGAUACCUCCCACCCACCCAACCCUACCUAAAAGUACAAUAUUUAUUUUUGCCCAUAAAUUAAUAUUCUAUUUUCCUCAAGUAAUGGCUUGACAGUGAGAUUAUACUUCAAACCUACAGCCUGACAAACUCUCCCCAGUGACAUCACAUCAUCUGUAUUUUAGCUCCAGUGAAAAUGGUUCAUCUCAUGAGGGAUUUAUGUAUCUGCGGACUUAAUCGCAUCAACAUGUAUUUCAUUCUACCAACCCAGCUGAUGGUUGAUUUGGAGAUGUUUUUCAUGCAAAGUCACUAAAGAGGGACUUCAUAGUGAAACAUCCAUCGGUGAGAUGACCACCAUUUCUACCUACAGCUUCGCUAUGAAAGCUACACUGGGAAGCUCUGGGGUGGAGGGAUAUUUUCCAGUUUAAAGAAAGGUCUAUCUAGAUUUUUAAAGCCUCAAUCUGAGACUGUAGAAGCAGUGCUCUGACUUCCUGCUUUUUAGGUGCUUGUGAUUAGCUCCGAAUGAGUCAUGAGGUGACCGCUAACAGGAGGAAAUAUUUGUGCCUUUAACCGUGGUACAUCCACGGUGUGGAUCGAUGGUUUUGUCUGAUUACGGCUUUAAAAAUCCAGCUCAGGUCCAUUUGGAAUACAAAGUUCUAUUUUCAUAGGUCAUAAUUUAUUAUUCAUCCGAUUUCAACAAAAGACAUAUAGAUUUGUAAUGGGGAAAAUUACAAAUAUUUAUUGGAUGCUUCUUGCAACCUGUACAACAGUUCCUUCUGUAAUGACAGUAAUGAGCAAGAUUUGAUUAUUUACUAACCCCCCUUCUUCAACCAUUUCAUCUUAUUUAUUAUUACAUAUAAUUUAAUAAAUAUAUGGGAUUCAGAGACUAGUUUUCUAAAAAAAAAGGAUGUUGUCUGCUCUGUGCAGCACUGUGAUGAUGGUGAAAUGACAGCUGCAGAGCUCGGUUAGCAGGUCAACAUUAUUGAGGAGGAAAAGCACGCUAAAGAUUGACAUGAUAUACAAGCAUCUCUGUUAUUGACAAUCAGACAGCCUGUGACAGCAAACUGUCCAGAAACUGUGCCAGAGUAUGUUGUGAAUAUUUUCAUUUACAAGCAUUUAAUAGUUUAAUUUGAGGUUGUAUCCCAGUCAGCUCCGCGGGAAAAAACUAUUGUUUCCUGAAAUUCUCACUGUGGAACUCGUGCUACAAAAAAAAAAAAAAAGCCACAUCAGCUGUUAACAGUCACGUCAGCUCUGUCUUAGCCCCGCUUCUGAGGCCGGUGCUGCGCUUGGUGGACGACAGAACCAAGCUGUUGGAAAACUUUCCACAUGAACAUUCAGUGCCGUUUUUACACUUUCCUAUGUGCAAUGUUGAUAUGAAAAAGAAGAAUGUUAAUUUAUACGGUUUUAAUGUGUCUGAAUAGAUGUACAAUGUAUAUAGAGGUGUAUAAUAAGCCAUUGUACCAUGUAAAUUAUAUGGAAGUAUUUUUUUAAUGAAAUGUCCUAACAUUCCUUCAGACGUCGAUAUCAGCACUAUCUUUUAUGGACUAGAACCAGUGGAAACAAUGGUUUCAUUAUUACACGGGAGGUUUUCUUUCUUUCUCAAACAUGAGAAAAUCACAGGAACUCUGUAGAGAAAGGUUUUUACAUUCAACACGAUGAUUCAAAAAUGAAAUGAAGACUUUGAAAUCCUUCUGUCCUGUCUCAAGCAGAGUUUCAGACACAUUUAGAGUUCACAUGAGGGUGAGGUCACUGCUAGAGAAAAAGUCUAGUCUUUACGCUUUUUAACUUUUGAUCUGUUUCAGUUUUUAGUUUUUUUUAAUAAAAGUGCAAUUGUACAUCGUCAUCAAAAUAUAUUUUUUGACAUCUGAGAAGAAGCAUUGGUCUGCAUUUAUGUAUUUUUAUACAUCCACACUCGGUAUAGCAAGAGUAAAGUUAGUUCAGCCAGCAAACCCAGAGGUGCCAUAGAGACCAUAUUUACACUUUCCUUCAUUACAAAUCUAAAUCACUCAUUUAACCACUCAGUCGAUUGCAGUUAAGAAUGGGUUUCAUCAUAAUACAGUAUACUGAUGUCAGUCCAUGCAUGUCUGCAGAACAACUUGCUAUCACUCAGUCAUUUUGCCUUGAUAAGGUGGUUGAGGGAGAUUCUGCCCAUUAAACUCAUGUUGAGAUAUUCAUGCGUUGUGUUCUAGUUGUGCGUGAAGUCCUAAAUUAUUUGGUUUUGGACAAAUCCCCUCCUUCUCCGCCAGAUGUUUGGAUGUGAAAUGCUUUUGUUUUAUGUAUGUGUUCUUGUAUAUAAUCCACCCUGCUCAGUUGGUACUGUUUUGAUUUGUAGUCGCUGCACAUUUUUCCUCUUCUGUUUAUCUGUCAGAAUGCUUUCCUCCUCCUUCUUCAUGGGUUUUUUUUUUUUUUUCAUCAAGCGUCACUAUUUCUGAAGGCAUGUGAUUUAGUUCACAUUUAACUUGUAUUUUUUCUGAUUUGUAUAAAAGAUACUGACUGACACCUUAACUGUGAGUGUGGGCGGUCAGAUUUAUGCUUUCUGUGUGAGACUUGCCAGUACAUGAACAAAGACGAACCUGGCUCACAGCCACUUCUGCCGUUUCACUGCAGGAAAAAAAAUGAAUAUUUUGUAUUAUAGAAUGUAAAAAAAAGUAUAGACUAUAUAGUUGUUUAUUUUAUAUGUCUAAUAGAUUACAUAUGUAUGUUACAUGAUUUUAAAAUUAAAGUAAUUUUGUAACAGAUAAUGAAGUGUCUUAUUAGAGGAGGUGAGGCUUUUCUUUUUUUGUGUUGGAGUUGGUAUUGCACAGUCACUUGUAUGGUUUGUAUUCUUUCUGUAUUCAAAAUAAGCUUUAAAAAAUAUGGUUCAUAUUGUUUCUAAAGAAAUUCACUAAUUCAGUUUACAUUCUAAACUAUCUUGAAAAUUAAUUAUGUUAUAUGGAAUUAUUUAUAAAUCAACCUGGAUAUAUUGUGAAAUAUAUUUGAAAAUAAAUAUUUUUAAACAGA